AAAUUGUUUUUUUUGCUGCUAUCUUUAUUUUAUGAGGGCUUUUAACUUCACCAUGACUUUCAUCAUAAUAGCUUUUCCUCCCUCUGCUGUUUGUCCAUUUCUUUGUUUGUUGUUGCAUGUGCACAAUUCUGUGCACUGCAGGAGAUGAAUGAGCAUAAUUUCCAUUCAUUCUGCUACCACUUUAUCACCACAGUUUGCACACACACAUAUUGCUUAUACGUUCACAUAUGGCCUCAGGGCUCCUCUUCAUCACUAAAAGGAACAAACAGGGUUUUAAAUCAGAAGCGAGAUUACCUUACACCUCUCUACGUGUUGCUAAAUCCACAUAGGCACGCUACUGGUUUAUAUUUAUACAUAGUGUAACCUUUCUGUUCAUCUCAGGUCCAGUAAGUCGACUUCAGGACAGACACACUCAGAUUCACUGUAUUUAUUCAAACAAAAGAGGAAAUCAAGUUGGUGGUUAUCAUCAGUCCGGCAGCUUUUGUCCCCAUACAUUAAAUAAAACAUAAUUACCCUAAAACUACAUAGCAAUAGCUCCCAAUGCAGCAGUCAACAGUUAUAAAAUUAAACGUAACUAAAAUGGACAACAUUAAUAAUAAUAAUAAUAAUAAUAAUAAUAAUAAUAAUGGUUAAAAAGGUAUAUAAAACAUAGCAAGCGUACUCAUGAAACACUGUAUAUUAUUAAAUCUGUCUAAAAUGUAUGUUAAAAUAUAAUACUUGGGAAAACACAGAGCUGAUCCUAAGUUACAAACAGCAACAGAAAAAGGGGGGAGGAGCCGCCAGUUACUGGUUGCUACGGUAACCACCUACUGCCAAGAGCAACGUAAAUGAACUCAAAACACCGGUACGGAACAGUACGGAACGGUAUGGAACGGUUCCAGCCCUGUUGUGUUUGCAUAUACACUCAGGGCGCCAUCGAAGCUGUACUGGACGUCAUUAAUUUUUAAACUAAACAUUGUGGUUCACAACCUUCACCAGUUUGGGGUUCGAGUUGGUUGUUUGCCAACUGCCAAUAUAAUAAAGAAGAAGAACAUUUACUACUACGACGACAACAACUCAACAAUGGAUGACAUGGAUUUAAUUUUGCUGCUCAUCAACCUCAUACAAUUAAUUAAAUUCCGUCAACAAGCUACCCUCAUAAGACAAAAUGCUGAACGACUUCUACGUAUUGCCAGGAGAAAUACGGAAGAAAAAUACCGUAGACUGUUCCAGACUAUCUGGCAGUACGAGGCUGAAGAUGCCAGUGCAAGACGAAAUAGGACUAUCAGUUUUCGCUGCCUCCGGGGACCGACGGUUUGGGCCAUUAACCGAAGCUCACACUGGUGGGACGUUUUAGUUCCAGGUUUCACCGAUUCACAGUGGCUACAGAACUUUCGGAUGUCGGAGGACACAAUAAAUUAUCUGUGUGUACGAUUAUGCCACGUUUUGGAGCGAACAGAUACUACCUUUCAAAAAUGUGUGCCAUUGAAAAAAAGACUCGCAAUUGCUUUAUGGAAGCUAGCUACAGGCUCGGAAUACCGGAGCAUCGGACACCUUUUCGGAGUGAGUCUUACAACAGUGUGCAGGUGUGUCCAGGAGUUCUGUGCUGCAAUGCAAACUGUAUUAGUGCCUGAGCUGAUUAAAAUCCCCAGUGCAGAGAGAUUUGAAGAGAUGGCAGCAUAUUUUGAGAACUGCUGGGGUCUCCCACAUUGUGUUGGUGCGAUAGAUGGUUCCCACAUACCUAUAAUAGCUCCAACCACAUACCACAGUGACUUUUUCAAUCAAAAAGGAUGGCAUUCUUUGAUUCUGCAGGGUGUGGUGGAUGGAUGGGGUUUGUUCUGGAAUAUUUGUGUAGGGAUGCCAGGGAGUCUACAUGAUGCAAGAGUAUUGAGACUGUCAUCACUCUGGGAACUGGCCACACAUGGAAAUCUUUUUCCACUACAUACUAAAGAAAUUGGAACAGUCAAAGUUGGAUAUUAUAUCAUUGGAGACUCAGCAUAUUCUUUACAAGACUGGCUUAUGAAGCCAUUUCCUGACACUGUACAACUGACAGCAGAAAUUCAACAGCAAACUGAGUCGAGUUCGGGUGGGGGUUGAGCAUGCUUUUGGUAGAUUAAAGGGAAGAUGGCCCUGUUUAUUGCAAAAAAAUGAAUGUGACAUGGAGCUCGCCAAAGUUAUGGUGACAACUUGUUGUGCAUUGCACAACCUAUGUGAAAACCACAGUGAGAUCUAUGAUAAUACAUGGGAUGUAUCUGCAGCUGAAUAUAACCCUGCAGAGGCAGUGCCACGUUGUUCAGAUGGGAGAACAUCUGUACGAGAUGCUCUUGUGCAGCUACUGCAAGAUAAUGAGUUGGUUUUCUAGAGGAAGACAUGACUGGAGCUCUAAGGUUUAUUUUGUUCACAGGUAAAUUUCAAGUGAUGUUAAACAGCAGGCCUUUGUCUGUCUGAAUGUCCUGAAAGUAUACUGUUUUUUAUUUUUACAUGUAUGUCAGGUUUGUACAUGUGGAAUUUUUGUCCAUCACUUCUUUGUAAAAUAAAUCAAGCUCAGCUAGAUCCGUUUUGUCUUUAGCUAUUAAUUUUACAGUCUUGUCACAGGUUCUCAAUUUAAUUUAUUUCGGGACAUUGACUGGGCAAUUCUGAGCAUGCGCUUACUUGUAUAUUUAUGAUUGUAGUCUUGCUGGAAGGGAAAUCUCCAGCUUCCUCGUUCCAGCUAACAAAAAUAUGUUUUUUCACAUGCUCUAAAAUGUUAUAUUUUACUGUUGUUUGAUCUGUGCUCAUUUUCUUUGACACCAACAUGGCUUGUUUGCACUUACUUUUCAUUUCUUUAUUUCUUAUCAAUGUCUUGAUGAGAAAUUAUUACCGUUGUUGUUGUUAUUAUUAUUAUUAUUAUUAUUAUUAUUAUUAUUAUUAUUAUUAUUAUUAUUAUUAUUGUUAUUAUCCUGCCACCAGGACCGAAAUACUACAAAUACUAGUAUUAAAAUGAUUGUAUUAUAUGCAAAAAAAGAAUUUGUCACAUCUAUGGCUGAUACCAUUGUUUAUUGUUCCGCAUUGUUUUAAUAUUCAUCUUUAGAAUUUGCAGGCUACUUUGCACUGACCAUUA